UGAAAUUUCCAAAGCUCCUCAAGAAAAAAAAAUGGCAAUAUAUUCCUUUAUUCUGCUCUUGCUUUCCCUUGUAUACACCAGUUGUGAGGCCAGAUCUCCAGUCGCUGCAACCUCUCGUGCCUCGAGUUUCGUCAAGGCUUCAUGUAGUACCACUAAAUACCCAGCCCUUUGCAUUCAGUCUCUGGCUGCGUCUGCUCCUUCCAUCCAGCAGAGCCCACGGCAACUGGCUCAGACAGCCCUGUCGGUGAGCCUGGACAGGGCUAGGGCCACACAGGCAUUCGUCUCCAAAAUGAAGAAAUUCAAGGGGCUUAAGAAGAGGGAAUACGAAGCAAUCAAAGAUUGUAUGGAAGAGAUGAGUGAAGGGGUGGACAGGCUGAGCAAAUCGGUGCAAGAGCUGAAGCACAUGGGGCAAGCCAAGGGUCAAGAUUUCUUGUGGUACGUCAGUAACUUGGAGACGUGGGGCCACGUCGCCGCUACUGAUGCUUCCAGAACGUCCACGCAACGCCGCCUCUGUCAAGUGCCUCGUCCAGCUGGUGCCGACACUCCUCCAGCUACUGCUGCCGAAGUCUCCAGAUGGCCACCCAUGUCAAUGCCUUAUGGUGAGUCACCACAUAGUUUGGUGACUCACCACCAAGAGCUCUAUUAUCCGGUCCAAGGCAAGCUCGGUGGUGGUUAUAAAACCACCAAACCUACGAAAGGAAGAGAACAGAGAGCAACCCAAGAGAACAGAAAGCAAGAAACGACGAGAAAAAAAAACACAAACAACGACCACAACAACAACAGCAACACCAACAGCAAACAAGAAGAGAAAAACCGAAGGAAAAAUUAA